CCUCCCCCUGCAAGUCUUCGCCCCCAUAUAUAGCACAGGGAAAACACCAAACCACAAGGAAAAGUAGCAGCAAAUCUACAAGAGGAGGAGGGGAGGGACGGAGCAACAAACUCUCCUUCGAUUUCUUGCCCCUCUCAAGGUCAGCUCUUGGAUUCAACAAGCACAUGGCGUAGAGCGCGGGGAGCAAGAGAUCGAUUAAGAGCACGCACAGGCCAGUUGUACAUGUGACUGAGCCGCUGCGUGCUGUAUCAAUUUCAGAAUAUAAUCGAGCCAGGGAGCUGGAAGGAAUCGAUCCGUGGAGUGCCAAGAAGCUAGCAGCUAGAAACCCUAGCUAGCUAGGUAGAAGAGAUCGAGAAGCUGGCGAGCAGGUGGUGGGACGAGGGGCGGCUCGGCCUGCCGGAGCCAUCCUCCCUUGGCAAGAAUCAGGAAGACAGCAUGGCGCCUUCUUCCAAGGACGGCGGCGCCACUGAGCAGCCGACGAGCGGCGGUAGUGGCGACGACCGCGAGAACGGCAGCGGUGAGCCCAAGGAAGGCGCCGUGGUGACCGGCAACCGGCGCCCCCGCGGGCGGCCACCGGGGUCCAAGAACAAGCCGAAGCCGCCCAUCUUCGUGACGCGGGACAGCCCCAACGCGCUGCGCAGCCACGUGAUGGAGGUGGCCGGCGGCGCCGACGUGGCGGAGUCCAUCGCCAACUUCGCGCGCCGCAGGCAGCGCGGCGUGUGCGUGCUGAGCGGCGCGGGCACGGUCACCGACGUCGCCCUCCGGCAGCCUGCGGCGCCGGGCGCCGUGGUGGCGCUCCGCGGGCGCUUCGAGAUCCUGUCCCUGACCGGCACGUUACUGCCGGGGCCGGCGCCGCCCGGCUCCACGGGGCUGACCGUGUACCUCGCGGGCGGGCAGGGGCAGGUCGUGGGCGGCAGCGUGGUCGGCACGCUGACGGCGGCGGGGCCGGUGAUGGUGAUCGCGUCCACGUUCGCGAACGCCACCUACGAGAGGCUGCCGCUGGACGAGGCCGAGGAGGAGUCCGGCGGGCAGGCGCAGCUGCCUCCGCCCGGGGCCGGCGCAGGGCCGCCUCUGAUGGGCGGGAUGGCCGCCGAUCCCUCGGCGAUGCCAAUGUUCGGCGGCGUGCCGCCAAACCUGAUGCCAGGGGGCGGCGGCGGCGCCUCCGGCGCGGGCCUGCAGCUCGGGCACGAGGGGCUUGCAUGGGCUCAUGCGCGGCCCCCGCCCUACUAGCUUAGCUAGCUAGCUGCUAGUGUCGUCAGUGGAUGAUCCAUGGCCAUGGUCAAUCAUAUCGAUCGAUCGAGUAAGUAGAAUGUGAGGAUUAAUUAUAUAUCAUCAUAUCGUUAUCCCAUACAAAUUAAAGCUAAGUGAAGAAUUAAGCAUCACGUCUGGAUCAGAGCUAAAAAAAUUAAGGCUCUUCGAUCGAUUCUACUUAGAAGAAGAAGGUAAAAUAUUGUUGCUAUUUAUAUAUAGUACGGCACUGCAUGUGACUGUUAGUUGCGUGGCUGUGCCAAAUGUCAGCUAGCUCAAGGUACCAUCAUAUAUAUCGAUCGAACUUGUUGCCAUUGUGAUGUAUGUUUGAUUUGAUCAAUUAUUAGAUGCAUGCAUGAUAAAUAGCAGCAGCUGGAUGCUUACUACUAUAUAUGACUCUUAAUUUGAUCUCUCAUAUGUUCAUAUAUCCCUGCCACUACUAGCUAGAAUCAGCUGGCUCAUCUCUAAAAAUGCACUCAUCAUGUGGGAUUUUGUUUAGUUGUUCAUUUCUCUACCUCCAGUUGUGGUGUCAUGGCAAUACUAACAUUGGGGAAGUACAAAGUGAAGCCUAUUUCUAAGGAUGAUGAAAGAAAGAAGUUCAUGAA